AUGGAUUCAUUGAAUCAGGAAGCCUUGACGGCUCAUAAUCGAUAUCGAGCCAUGCAUGGCUGUCCCCCAUUGGCUUUCGACUCAGCACUGGCUCGAUCCGCACAAAAAUGGGCGGAGGAUUUGGCCGGAACACAAUGCAUGAGACAUAGUGAUCAGACGACGUACGGCGAGAACUUAGCCUUCAUGGGCAUAACAAGUGAAAUUUUUUUCAGCGGUGCAGAUGCGUCUAAAAUGUGGUACAUGCAAAGCGAAUUUCACGAUUACAACGGCGAAAUGACUUAUGAAUCCUGUUAUUUUACACAGAUGAUUUGGAAAGACACAAAAAUUGUCGGUUUCGGUCAGGCUACCAGCCAAGACGGGUACGCGUCUUACAUCGUGGCGCACUACAUGCCCAAAGGCAAUGUUAGAGGUCAAUUCUCGUUCAAUGUACCGCCAGCCAGACUGGAUGCAUUUGCUGAACAAUAUGAUCCGUUUCACAGUCCAAUUACCCAAACAUUACCGGCGGUAUCCCAACCAACUACACCUACAGUGUUGCCUUCUCUCCCGGAAACCAAAGAGGAACGCAAGGCACGUGAGAAGGCCGAGAAAAAAGAACGCGAACGAAUGGAGCGGGAGAGAAAAGAAACGGAGAAAAGAGAAAAGAAAGCUCGAAAAGAACUUGAAAAAAUAGAGAAAAAGGAGAAACGAAAAUCGUUGAAGCUAUAA